AUGGGCGCUAUUGGACAUUGGGCGUCAGGCUUCACCUUGAUUGGAGCCGCUUUUGGCUGGACAAGCUGUUGGAUAUGUUGUCGGUUCCGUAUAGAGAGUACUGUCUGUUCUCCGGCCUCUGUUUGGAUAUUUUGGCUGCGACUAUCUUCUUCUACAUACCCAGACAUUACUUCUAUGUUAAUCGUUUCGAUGAUGUCGGUGGUUGGAUCUGAUACUUCAACAAUGCCACGCAAUGGCAUCACAUGUCACUUCAAGAGCGUAUUCAAAUACCAUGCAUCCUCAGCAUCAUCUCGCGUGACGACCAUCCGCUCGUUUGCAACCUCAACAUCAGCAUCCUCACCCAGAUCAACCUCAGCCUCAACCUCAGCCUCAGCGUCUAAGCUAAAACCAACAACCCCUUUAACAACAGCGUCAAGACUACAGCCAAGAGCCAACAAGCCACCAAGCCCAGGCAAUGCUGAAUCUCCAUCGUCCCCAAAGCCAAAGCAGCAGCAGCAGCAGCAGCACUCAGACCUAGCAUCCUACCUCGACGACGCCAAACGGCGCGGCCUGGACGAAAAGUCGACGCUCUUCACGGGGACGCGAUACGAGUACCUCGUUGCGUCGCGCCUAUCAAGAUACGGCUUCUCGUUGACGCGCGUGGGCAAGACGUCCGACUAUGGCAUUGACCUCGUUGGCGAAUGGACGAUUCCCUCCUCCUCGUCGUUGUCAGCUUCGCCGCCGGCGAUAAAGAUCCGGGUCUUGAUACAGUGCAAAGGCGGCGGCGGACAAAGGAUUGGCCCGCAUCUCAUUCGCGAGCUGGAGGGUUCGUUUGCGGGCGCGCCGCCGGGAUGGAGAGGCGGAGGGGUGCUGGGGCUGCUUGUUGGUGAGAGGGGGGCGACGAGGGGGGUGAGGGAGGCGUUGGGACGGGCGGACGUGGCGAUGGGGUAUGUUUGGUGUGAAGGGGCAGCAGCAGCAGCAGCAGCAGGAGGAGGAGGAGGAGAAGGAGGAGGAGAAGGAGGGGGCAAGGUGAGGCAGAUGCUGUGGAAUAGGAGGGCGGAGGAGCUUGGGCUGGAGGGAGUGGGCGUGGGAGUGAGGAGGGGAGGAGGAGGAGGAGGAGGAGGAGGAGAAGGGGAUGAAAUCGUGCUUUUUAGAAAUGGGGAGCCGGUGCUGUUUAUGUGA